UCUGUCUCACUCUUUGGAGAUGGCGGGUGAAAUCACGGAGACUGGGGAGCUCUAUUCUCCUUAUGUUGGCCUGGUGUACAUGUUCAACCUCAUCGUGGGCACAGGCGCACUCACCAUGCCCAAGGCCUUUGCCACUGCUGGGUGGCUUGUCAGCCUCAUCCUGCUGGUCUUCCUGGGCUUCAUGAGCUUUGUGACAACCACCUUUGUGAUGGAGGCCAUGGCUGCAGCCAAUGCCCACCUCCGCUGGAAGAGGAUAGAGACCCACAAGGAAGAGGACGAUGAAGAUUCGUCCACAGCCUCAGACAGUGACAUCCUCACCCAAGACAACUAUGAGCGGGCAGAGAAACGGCCCAUCCUGUGUGUGCAGAGACGCUCAUCAGCCAACCUUUUUGAAAUCACAGACCGGGUGGAAAUGGGACAGAUGGCUUCCAUGUUCUUCAACAAAGUGGGAGUCAACUUGUUCUAUUUCUGCAUCAUUAUUUACCUGUAUGGAGACCUCGCCAUCUACGCUGCCGCUGUGCCCUUCUCCCUCAUGCAGGUGACCUGCAGCAUCUCUGGAAAUGACUCCUGCGGCGUGGACGCAGACGUCAAAUACAACGACACCGAUCUAUGCUGGGGCCCCCUGCGCCGGGUGGAUGCCUACCGAAUCUAUCUGGCUGUCUUCACCCUCCUCCUUGGUCCUUUCACCUUCUUCGACGUACAGAAGACAAAGUACCUGCAGAUCUUGACCUCCCUCAUGAGAUGGAUAGCGUUUGCCAUCAUGAUUGUGCUGGCCCUGGUGCGCAUCGGGGACAAGCAAGGAGAGGGGCACCCACCCCUAGCCAACUUCUCGGGGAUCCGGAACUUGUUUGGGGUAUGUGUCUACUCCUUCAUGUGCCAGCACUCCCUGCCAUCCCUCAUCGCCCCCAUCUCCUCCAAGCGCCACAUCACACGCCUGGUGUUCCUGGACUACGCGUUGAUCCUGGCCUUCUAUGGACUUCUCUCUUUCACGGCCAUCUUCUGCUUCCGUGGUGACAGCCUGAUGGACAUGUACACCCUCAAUUUUGCGAGGUGUGACAUCGUGGGCCUUGUAGCCGUCCGAUUCUUUCUGGGCCUCUUCCCUGUGUUUACCAUCAGCACCAACUUCCCCAUCAUUGCGGUGACCCUGCGCAACAACUGGAAAACACUCUUUCACCGUGAGGGUGGCAUGUACCCAUGGGUGGUAGACCGUGUGGUGUUCCCCACCAUCACCCUGGUGCCCCCCAUUCUGGUGGCCUUCUGCACCCAUGACCUGGAGUCCCUGGUGGGCAUCACCGGAGCCUACGCAGGCACUGGCAUUCAGUAUGUCAUCCCUGCCUUCCUGGUGUACCUCUGCCGCAAGGACACCCAUCUGGCUUUCGGCUACGGAACUGUCAACAAGCACAGGUCCCCAUUCCGCCAUACCUUCUGGGUGGCCUUUGUGCUGCUAUGGGCUUUCUUCUGUUUCUUCUUUGUCACAGCCAACAUUGUCCUCAGUGAGACCCAGCUCUGACAGCAGGAUGUGCGUGACAACAGUAGGCUGGGACAGCCCGGCUCCAGCCUCCCUGCGUGAGAUUUGCUGCCACCCAGGUCUAUAGGAGCACGCGAGGCUGGGGAUCUUGGCCCCACCCUGGACUUCACCCUGCAGGACAACCCUCCUGCCUGGGAACAUGGUUGUUACACGCGUUCCUCCACUCCUGCCACCGGAGGCUGGCUCCCUCCUCUGUGCCGUGGAGGAGACAGUGCCAGCACUGCUGCUAUUUAUACUAGACCCCGUGCCCUGUCCUGCAUCCUUGACCGUCCACUAGCAGCUGCUGCCUCUUCAAAGGCAAAUCCCAGGCGCUGGCUCUCCUAACCUGGCCUGCUUGAGAUGGGCAGGGCCCACUUUCCUGCCAGUCCUGAUGGUUGCUAAGUUUUUCUCUUAUGGGAGGCCUGGCCAGCUCUAGUGACAAGGACAGGAAGUGCUAAUUGGCACCAGGGUCCCUGACAAGAGCCAUGAGAGCUUUUGCUGUGGGUGCCAGCUCUGUUGCAGCAGGCGGAUACAGCAAUCCCUCCACAGGGUUUAAAGCCCUUUGCUUAGGUCCCUGAAAGAGACCCUCUAUCCCCUGGCUUCUCCUUUGGAGCCCAGGGGCCCCCUGAAGUGCAGGGUACCACUUGAGAAGCUGCCCUCAUCACCCCACCCACACCCAUAGUGGCUGCCUGCCCUGGGCUUACAGCAGGGAGACCUCUGCAAAAGGUCAGGCUGGUAGUAUGCAGCCUAGCUUGCUCCCGUACUGCAUUGCAACACUAAGGCGGUGCCCUUAGGAGCCUGAUCCUGGGUGCUCAGUGGCCACAAUCUCCAGAUCCGUGGCUACCAUGGGGUUACAAGGAGUGCCUGCCACCAUUCCUGUGGAAGGAGCCAGGCUCCCUGCUGCCUCCCAUUCAGUCAGGCAUGCACCCACUAGGCCCAAGGCCUUGGAACGGUGAGUGAUUAAUGAAUUGCAUUUUUGAUGUGCCUUCUGCUUUGGGCGCCAGGAACCCCUCCUGAUCCUGACUUGCCCCAAUCCUGGGCCUGGUCCCACCUGCCCUGGACAGAACUGCCUCUGGGGUGGAGGGUCUCAGACUCCUACCCCUCCUUCUUGAUUUCAGUGCCUUGCUCCACCCUAAUGAGGGAACUUGCGCCAGCGCCCUCUUCCCUUCUGCAUCUUGCCAUAUUUAAAGCUUGAACUCUGCUAUGUUGUUGGAUGUCCCAGGACCCAGAGGCCUGU